AUGGCUCCGGUCACGAGGAGCAUGACUACCUCGGCCUCAGCAGUCGACUCUACACCUUCACUUACUAUUGAGAACCCAGGUAUCUCCAGCAAGGACGCCACCGGGAGUCUGAAGGAUUCCUUGUACCUGCCACUUGAUGAAAAUGAGCAAGAAAUUCGGCUGCUCACAUUGCACGCUGGUGCUGACGACACACCAAUCGAGCUCUCCCUAGAAUACACAUCUCUCUCGAAUGCCGACUCAUUUAUCGCGUUAUCAUACUGCUGGGGCCCUCCUGAUGAUGGAUCAGAGGUUAUUCUAGAUGGCCAGGUGGAACGCAACCAUCAGGUCAAACUCAUGAGAGACAUUUUCAGCACUGCAGGUAGUGUCUAUGCUUGGCUCGGAGAGGCUGAUCCUGACACGGACUAUGCCAUCACCUACAUGAAUUUCGCGUUGAGCAUUCCACGCCAACGGCGGUCCAAAUCAAUUCCUCGAAAGGUCGGCCUGCGGGGUAGGAAGGCUCUGGGAUCUCUUAUCAAGCGCGACUACUGGACUCGUGUCUGGAUUAUCCAAGAGAUUGUUCUCGCGCAGAAGGUGUUCCUGAUGAUCAGCGAUAGAGUCAUUGAUUGGGAGGACUUACAAGACGUUACCACUAGACUUGUGACACCCCUUAUAAGACAUACGAGAAAGAACACCGUCUCACGAGUGAACUUUCGCAAUAUCUGGGAACUCAAAAAGAAAAAUAAAGCGGUCUGGAAUCUUUACGAGCUUCUCGGAAGAUUCCACCAGGCUGAUUGCAUGAUCCGAGAGAUAGACUUUAUGGGCUACUCGGCCUCACAUCUGCCUCUGUUCGCUCACGGGUAA